AUGGCAUUAGUUUCACUUAUGCUUAGAUACGUCUUCGUUCUAAGUUUCUUCACACUCCUGAACUCCAAAAAAACAUUAUCUUCGCGACUAGUGAGAUUCCCAUCUAAAGUAGCUGAGAUUGGAGCCGAUGAUUACCCAUCUUCGGGUCGUAAUUCACCAGUCCACGACCUCGGUUUCCCUGAAUUCCCGUCUUUCCAAGAAGCAGUGGCGCCGCCGCCUCCUCCACCUGAUAUGCCUCUCCUUCCACCGCCUGAUAUGCCUCUCCUUCCACCGCCUCUGCCUGAUAUGCCUCUCCUCCCACCGCCUCCGCCUGAUAUGCCUCUCCUUCCGCCGCCAGCAUUUCCUUAUCCUGAGAAGCCUAAGUUUCGGGUUCCAGUUUGGCCAUCACUCCCCGAUUUCCCACCUUUUCCAUUCGUAGAUCAGGCUGCGCCUUCCGAACCCUCCACUCCGAGAUUCGACGAGUCAGAUACUUGGAUGCNCCAAGAAGCAGUGGCGCCGCCGCCUCCUCCACCUGAUAUGCCUCUCCUUCCACCGCCUGAUAUGCCUCUCCUUCCACCGCCUCUGCCUGAUAUGCCUCUCCUCCCACCGCCUCCGCCUGAUAUGCCUCUCCUUCCGCCGCCAGCAUUUCCUUAUCCUGAGAAGCCUAAGUUUCGGGUUCCAGUUUGGCCAUCACUCCCCGAUUUCCCGCCUUUUCCAUUCGUAGAUCAGGCUGCGCCUUCCGAACCCUCCACUCCGAGAUUCGACGAGUCAGAUACUUGGAUGCCUUCUACUCCAAGUAUCCCUCAAGUGUUUCCGUAA